UUACACCGGACCUUGGUCAUAUUUAGCAGUUUAGAAGAUCAUAAUCAGAGACUGCACUCCAAACAGCUCUUAUCCAACAGUGUGCUUGGUGGCUGCAGGUUUUGGUGAGGACUGAAACGGUUUUAUGUUCAUUCAAAAGUGUCAGAGGAAAUGUGGGUCCAAAGCAGGGCAAGCUUUGCUGACAUCUGUGCCGUCAUGUCCAAACGCCACUGCAACUGUACAAGCUACAAAACAUUUUCCGAGCCUCGGGUCGGGCGGUCACCAUGUCCUGCCCUGCAGGUCUCCAGCAUGGCGGGCAGACGGGCUCUGAAGGCCGUGCUCAUCGACCUGAGUGGAACUCUACAUAUAGAAGACACAGCAGUGCCCGGGGCGCAGGACGCCCUGAACAGGUUACGGCAGGCGUCUGUAGCUGUGAAGUUUGUGACCAACACAACAAAGGAGAGUAAGAGGAACUUACUGCAACGACUGCAACGUCUCAACUUCAACCUCCAGGAAAAAGAGAUCUUCACUUCUCUGAGUGCAGCGAGGAGUUUGUUAGAGCAGAAACAACACAGACCGCUGCUGCUGGUGGAGGACAGCGCACUGGAAGACUUCACUGGUAUUGACACGUCAGAGCCAAAUGCUGUCGUCAUUGGACUCGCUCCUGAUCACUUCAACUACCAAACACUCAACGAGGCUUUCAGAAUGAUUCUGGAUGGCGCUCCUCUCAUCGCGAUCCAUAAGGCUCGGUACUACAAGCGUAAGGAUGGUUUGGCCCUCGGGCCCGGGCCCUUUGUGACGGGACUUGAGUACGCCACGGACUGUAAAGCUACUGUGGUGGGAAAACCGGAAAAUACUUUUUUCACACAGGCUCUGUCUGAUAUAGGAUGUAGCCCAAAUGAAGCUGUCAUGAUAGGAGAUGAUGCCAGAGAUGAUGUGGGCGGGGCUCAGAACGCAGGAAUGUUGGGAAUUCUGGUUAGAACCGGUAAAUACAGAGAAGGAGAUGAGAAUAAAAUCAACCCUCCUCCCCACCUGACAUGUGACAGUUUCCCAGACGCUGUUGAACACAUCCUGAAGAACCUGCUAUAAGUAACAGUAACUUUCAUUUACACAAGAAAACACUGUUGUAGACAGGAGGGAAGGAAGUUAUUAAAUUAUUCCCCUCAUCCUAGACAUCCUAAAUUAUUCUGCUCAUCCCCUGAUUAAGGAAAAAUAACCAUCUCGCAAUCAUCAUAAGUCUGACUGAUCGUCCCAAAAUUGAAAAGAUAAAUGUACACAAAAAUGUCCAUUUGAGUAUGGGACUGCGUUCUCGCUCUAAGUCCAGAAUGUUAAAAAGUAAUCCACGCAUUUCAGAAGUACUCACCGUCUGUUGCCACAGUAACAAAUGUUUUGUCAUUAUAUCAUGAUGUAUAAAUAUAAGUUUGAAUAAAAUAAUAUUCAGCUGGUCA